AUUAGAUGCCGAGUUGUUUACAGAAAACCACCCGCAUAUAAUCGGUCCGGCGUUUCGCUCGUUUUCUGUAAUAAUUCACCAUACCUUUUUCUAAAACACGUCGAUUGCAAUCAUCAAUUACAUAUGCCAAACGACCAAAAGAUUUUCGUGUUGGUUUGCAUCUGUUUUGACUACUCAUAAAGGACAGGAUUGUUCUCCAUCUGUUUUAAGAGACUCCAUCUGUUAUAAGAGUAGGGAGGAGAGGAUAGCAUCACUAGGGAGGUCAUCUGACCAAGCAAUCCUAUUGUUCCUCUGUGCAUGCACGUAGGCUCUGAUUGUGCACUACUUAGCUACGCUCAUAGCCUGCAUCUCACAAACAUGGUUUCAUCUACUCCAAAAUGGCUGCUGGUCGGUGGUUUUCUCAUAGCGACUCUCGCCACCAUCUCUUACCGGGAAGCGUGGGCGGAGGGAAUUCGGGCUGUGGAUGCGAUGGAGGCAAUCAACUCUGGGAGACAGCAAUUCUUACAGGGGCUUAGGGGGGCCUUAGCUGCUGUAGCUGCUCAAAAAGAUAAUCUGGUAGAAGAAUUACUUGCUGAUGUUGAAGAUGAGGAAGAAGAUGUGGUGGAGAAAAUUGAAGAGGAGUUGGGUGUCUUAGAUCCUCCUAAUGUAAAAACAGUUGAGAUACGCCUACCCAAUGCAGAUAUACCAGAGACUGGAACCACAUUAUGCACAUCUACGUCAUUAACAGAGGCUCUACAAGAUAUCGUUGGUUUCAGCCCACUAAUCAACCAAGACGCUGUCAUACAUAUGGAGCUCUACGGCUGUCCGGACGAAGCGGCUAGUACAAAAGACUACUGGUCAUGUAAUACUAAAAACACGAGUGGUAUAUGUCAAGGACCAAUCGCCAUGAUGUUCCAAUGGUCACGGGAUCGUUGUGAUAACUACUUAGCCAUGGGAGAUGCUAUUACCGUAGGUGGCGCUUUCAUGCACAAUGUGGUCCUAAUGGUUCAGUACAAGAAAGGUGGUUUUGCUGAUGACUCUGGUCUGGCGCUUAAGAUAAUGCCUUCUAGUGAUGAGGAUAAAGGCGUCAUCAAGGCGGUUGAGUACUACUCAGAAGCACUUAAAAACCCGAAAUGCGAAACAGAAUCAUCCCAAUCAAACGAACUCGACAAUGAACUGAACAACGAACUUGACAACGACGUUGCAUUAAGCAGCAGCUCAUCCCUAGCCAUUGAAGAACCGAUUGGGAGUGAGUACUCGACUGCUGACUACCUACAAUCUAUCUUAGAGGCGAACUCAGAGUGGAUGAGUAGUAGCGAACCACGGCUCGAUUACGGUGUCGAUGGCUCUGUUAUGCAAUCAUCUUAUCAGUAUAAUGAAGGUUCAUACAUCGACAACGCACUCAACGAGAAUUCAGACUACUCACACUCCUCAGAUUGGGCUAUGAAGCUACAGGAGCUGUGGGACUCUGCCAGCGCCUUGGCCUAUGGUAUGAUACUCCGUGGAUGGUGGCCUCGUGAAGAUGAUAGAGUGAUCGGUCAAGUAGCUGGUGUUGAUACAGAUUCUACAGGUCAAUUAUCAUUAUUACAUCGUGGUGAUAGGAGAUGGGGAAAUGGUGACUUUGACGAGGAUGACAAAUUCUUGCUGGAGGAACCUAUUUCAGAUGAACUUGUUUUGACCCUUGAUCCGGCUACUGGAAAUGUUCUUAACUCAUGGGGAAGUGACAUUUUCUACAUGCCACAUGGCUUGUACAUUGACACAGAAGAUAAUAAAUGGAUUACAGAUGUAGCCUUGCAUCAAGUCUUCAAGUUUUCUCCCGGAUCUGAAGAACCAUCUAUGACUUUAGGAAAGGCGUUUGAACCUGGUCAAGAUUGGAAUCAUUUCUGUAAACCUACAGAUGUAGCUGUUGAUAGCAGGACUGGAGAUGUCUAUGUCGCUGAUGGAUACUGUAAUAAUCGUAUUCUCAAGUUUAGUUCAAAUGGAACAGCAUUACUAGAGAUUACAGCAGGAAUCAUACCUGGAGAAAACCUACCAGAAUGGUCACCGCUGAGGAAACUACAGAUCCCCCACAGUCUUGCUCUGAUUGAAGCACGUGAUAUCAUAUGUGUAGCUGAUCGUGAAAAUGCCCGGAUACAAUGCUUCAAUCUGACCAAUGGCGAGUUAGAAAGACAGAUCGCAUCACCGAUGUUUGGAAAACAACUCUUUGCUAUUUCUUACAACAGUGAACAAGAUGUAUUGUACACUGUAAACGGACCUAAUGAAGAAGUAGGAGUGCCACCCCUCGCAUUCACUGUGGAUCUUGAAACUGGUGAAAUAUUGAGCACAUGGGAUCCCUACCCUAAAGCAUUUGGAGUGGUACAUGAUAUCGCCACAUACUCUCCCGAUGGGUCCGUGUACAUGGCUGAUAUUGGACUUGAUCGAGUCUGGAAAUUUGAGACUACAUCAAGCAGUCUUAGCAAUGAGAUCUAAGAUAUUGGACUUGAUCGAGUCUGGAAAUUUGAUACUACAUCAAGCAGUCUUAGCAAUGAGAUCUAAGAUCAAAUAAAUCACUAUAAAUUAUCAAAGUUUUAAGAGUUGUAUACAGAGAUGAAAUAUAGUUUUAUGACUUGGCAUAAAGCGUGGUUAAGCAUACAUUAUAAGAUCCAUUGAAGUGUAAUUAAAACUAAUUUUAUAGGCCUAGGUUCUCCUUUCAUGACUAAUAACCAUCCAAAGGUUUGCUGUGUAAAGUCAAUGAAUUUGAAUAUUGACCUCUGAUUGGCUAAAAAUCAAGCUGUGAUUGAUCCUACAAUCAAUUGGAUAGUUUGUGCAACACGCCUCAUCUGAUCUAGAAACACACGGGUUAGACAAUUAGAAUUGUCAGAAAAUAGAUUAUGACAUAAGUUUGUGCACAAAAUUCAUAAUAUUGAUAUACCAUCAUUUUCAAAGUAACAUUUCAGCGAUUUAUUUAGAAUGUAGUAUUUUCAGGUAUAUCAGCUUAAAUAGUAAGGAGGUAGGUUAUACUAACCCAAGAAAUAUCAAGGGCUUGAAUAAUUUAUUCUUAAUGUGGUUUAAGAAAAAACAAGUGAAUCCCUCGACAAUUUAUGAACAAAAAGUUAUUCAAACCGAAUUAAUCAUCUGACAAAAUUUAGUUUCUUGGUUUCAAAAAUGAAAAAAAUUCAGUACUCAUGUGAUUUUUUUAAUUCUUAUUUUGAUAUUUACUCGAUUUGAAUGAAGUUCGAAGCUUUAUACAUUUCCCGUCCAAUCAUUAUAAAUUGAAUACCUUGAAGUAGAGUUGUUAUUCUUCAAUCUUCCUUCUCAUAAAGCAAUUCUUUAUUUUUAUUUUUUUUAAGUGCCGCGAGUAAUGAUGUGCAAGGUUUGAUAAAGUUUUCACAGCUAGCUCUCGCAUGCACAUUUACAAAAAAAAAUACGAAACGAUAAGACCAAUAAAAUAUAAGCAUCUGCCGAUUGCAGAAGAAAACUUAAUUCUAUUUGUAAAUAUUACUUGAUUUGGUAGUGAGAUUUAAAAUUUGCUUACGAAAAAGUUGUUGAAUAACGAUCCUCCUCAAGAUAACAAAAUUCAUUGUCAUCAUGGUGCAAGCAAAAAAUUACAAGUUUGAUUAAGAUAUGGUGUUUCCAGGCUUGUUUACUUAUAUCAACUCACUGAUCAGUUAAGAAGAUAAGCAUAAUGUGUGCUUACAAUGUAAAUAUAAAUUACAGAAAAUUAUCUUGAAAAUGGGUAGAUAUCGUAUUCAAAAAGGGAACAUCAACAGUGUACAGCGCUAUGAAUUAUACUAUAGCCUUUUAGCUUUUGAAUGCAAUUUGCUUAGACAAAAACCUUGCUGUAGAUAAAUUAAGCUUGCUCAGUCAUUUUAUUUGAUGUGGAAAAUAGUUCACAAAUAUGUUAAAUGCCUUAUUUGAACAGUUGUACUUCACUGUAGUGAAUGGUUUGUUCGAGAUUGGAAUUCAUUGCAAAAUCACACAAAACUUGCUGUAAUAUUUUAUUUCUUUUUAUUAUAAUUCUUAUUUCCUUUUUGUUCUGUGUUUAGUACGGAAACAAACUAUUUUGUCAUUUUUUUCAACGAAACGAAUUUUGCUUGGAAAUAGUUUGGGGCUUAUUUUGAUUGGUUUUGCAUGGCUAGAAUCACAGUCAUGUGUUUAAGCUAUAGACAAUAGCCAUGAUAGUAUUCAUACAUGUUGUGUAUGAUAAUCAUUGUCGUGUACAUGGUGUAUUAGCGUAUUUGCUUCAUUUUGUCUAAGUACGCCUUUUAUUACUUUUAUUUCAGUUUGCGAUAUUUGUGGAAAGAGUUGUAUAAAUUUGAGUUUGAUUAUGUAAUAAAGUCGCAGAGAGAGAUAUAUAUAUAUAUA